AUGUCGACUCCAACCCCAGGAGGGUUCUCUCUAUUCCCGAGUCCCAACUCAUCAAAACCACCGCCUGUCUCACGGAAUCAAACACCAAAACCUCGUCGUUCUGAAUCUCGCGAGAGAAGAGCUCCAACACCCAGUGACAGACGAGCGCCCACACCCAGCGAUCGACGGGCUGUGACACCACAGGCCAUGUCUCCAGAACCAAGACCGGCAUCGCCAAGAAAUGGACGACAGACUCCCCAGAAUAGAGCUCACACACCCAUUGAAUUCGAGCCGGUGCAGAAUGAGCCCAAGCCCGUAAAGGUUCAACGACCUAGACCGACGGUUCAAAUCCCUGGACGUUCCGAUACUGGCUUUGCGCAGGGUAAUACCCUUGUUAGAAGUAGCAGUGAUCGAUCACGAAGUUCAAUCGCUAAACCACCCUUGGGCGGUGAAACUACUGCGCAGCCAUUACGAUCUAUCUUUCCAGCUUAUAACCCAGAGGUACCACUCGGUCAACAGAACUAUGUUCCCACCGAGAUCCAACCAACUCAAAUGCCGAGAGCUGUUAUAAGUCGUCAAACAUACCACGAAACACCCGCCGGAUCGACUUCUCGAAACCCCGUUCGGAGUCCGGUCAUAAGUCCCAUGAGCGUUCAAUCAGCACAAUCUUCAUGGCCGCAUCGAAAUGUCCAACAACAAGAACCACCACUGAUUCCAACGGUUAGUUCGAAUGAACAGCUCAAGAACUAUUGGAAGGUCGCAAAUGGCUGGCAAGCUUCAGCGUCAGAGGGUCGAGUCUACUGUAUGAAGCUAGCUCAAGAGAAAGAUGCCCCCGUGUACAGCCUCUCAUCAGCUUCACAACCAUUCUACAAUCUCCGUAUAGACCCAACGUCUGCUUCAGCAUACGUCACUCUCACAAGACAUGAUCCCAACAAACCAUACAAAGCGCCCAAGCCCGAAGCUAGUUCUUCGGCAAGCAGUAUCAUCAGCGGCGUCGUCGGCCACAACAGCAAUUCCUCCGGGACAAAAGUAACCGACACAAAACACUGGCAAGAAGCUCUCACCACCACCCUCGAAGAAGAAUCCCGUCGCCAUCCUCCAAAUGAUGGUCUCGUCGCUCUUCUCAUGCCAACACCCGCUACAAAAAUGGCCAUCGAGCGCGCCCAAGACCCCCAAUCCGUCAUGCUAGCAGAGCGCGAAUGCGCCCGUCUCGUCUGGGACGAAGACAGCUCCCACCACUUCCUCGUGCAUCCAUCCCUCGCAACACCAUUCUGCGUAACGAUCGAGCGCUCACCAUCUUGGUCAAGGGUAGAAUAUACCCUCGAACACAACGAAUCACCGCAACAUCUCGCGAAACUAACCCGCGACGGCACAGGCGGUGGCUGGUUAGAAAUCGACACAGGAAUCGCUGCAAAGAUAGAAUCCUACUUCAUCGUCGACGUCGCCGUAACAGCUCUCCUCCUCGUCGCAUCAGCCGAUGAGAAGAACACUCCCGCAAUGGAAGUUUUCGAACCACCACCUCCUCUCAUCCUCACAGCCCAGCAAGAAAAGCGCCUGAGCAAAAUUGGCAAACGCGAGGAAAAGAAGAAGCGCAAGAUGGAGUCGUUCGAGAUUGACGUUGAGAGUCAAGAUGAGAGUUUGGGUAAAAGCAAACCGCGAGAAAAGGAAGAUAAACUUCCCUUCCUAAUCCGAGUCAUCGUCAAGAUCGUAAAGGGCCUGUUUGCGUGCUUUAUCUGGAUAUUGACGAUAAGCUUCAAAUGCGUUGGUUUCGCAUUCAAGGGAUGUUACAAGUGUGUAGGAUCAAAGUAUUAA